AUGAGUCUUGUCAAAGAUAAUGCCCUUCCGUUACAUUUCGUCUGGCGAUGCUCUUCAUGCAAAACUUCAAAUAUCAUCACAAAGAAAAUGAUUCGAGAGAACACAUUUUUCCAAGAACAAAAACUAUCCGUACAAAAAAUAGUACACAUAGCGGCGGAUUGGGUCGAAAGUCCAGGACGAAACAACGAAAGAACCGCUUCGUUGCAUGGAGUCACGACUUCGACGAUUGUUAAUCUCAACAAACUUUUCCGACAAUUGACGGAGCAAUGGUUCGAGCGACAAAUUGAAAAAAAUUCAAAUUUUCUGCUUGGUGGACCAGGGAAAAUCGUCGAAAUCGACGAAAGUCACAUGUAUAAAGCGAAAUACAACCGUGGGCACAUGCUAAGAAGAAAAUCUAUCUGGAUAUUUGGCAUGACUGAACGUCACACAAAUAAAAGAGCGUUUACACACAGAUGGGUCAAUCACAAAGUAAACUUUGUUGACCCCAGCGAUCGACGAGUUCACACUCAGUCUAUUGAAGCCACAUGGGGUGCUUUCAAACGGGAACUCAAAGCGAAAUAUGGCGUCCCAGAAGAUCAACUCGACGGAUACAUGUCGACAUACAUGUUUAGACGAUACUUCGGAAGAAAAAAACUUCUGAACCACCUUCUGAUCGAGAUGAAGUAUUAUAAGAAAGAAGAUGACUAUGAUUCAAGUGAAUCUGAAAUCUCCACGGAUGAAAGCUCUGAUUACGACGGCGGACAAACCACAAUGGCUGCUCGUUUGAAUCGAAAUAGAAACGAACGUCGAAGUUCUUCUACCGCUUCUACAAUGAGAACCACCACCUCUUCUAAGCCAGAAAUGAUUAUCAAAACCAACAGACCAAUUUCGUCAACUACACCAAGGCAAACGACGACCAAAACUCGAAAACCUCGGAAGAAGACACAAAGUCGAAAAGCUGAUCCUACAACCACCAUCACAACCACAGCAACCAUGAGGACCACGACCACCAUGAGAACAAGACGAACAACUUCCCAUCAGUCGAGACGAACCACGACAGAACCUCGUACGAAACGGACGACGUCUGCCCCUGAAACGAGACAAACAACCAUCACCACUCAGAAGACUCGGAAUGAUAGAAGAAGACGCGGGCGGCCCACUACCACCACUCCAAGAUCGACUACCAUUACUCCAAGAUUCACAACCACUACUCUAAAAUCCACUUUCACCGGCCGAAGGAAGUUCAAAGGACGCGGAUAA